AUGGGCGACAUGAUGGAAAAGUACACGGGAGGGUAUUAUCGCAGUGCACGCCAUCGCGUCAUCACUAGCCGAGAUCAGCAUCGACAUAGCGUUGCUUUCUUCUUGAAUGGGAACUUGAGGUUUACUGCGAAGGCUUUGGAUGGGUCGGGGGUUCAGACGUUGGUCAGAGAGCAGAUUCAGCAGAGGUUGAUUGAGACGAUGGGCGAGACAGGUAAGUUGUUGAGACGAGAGCUUGUACAGGGCUAG